AUAUAUCAGCUUCGUGGCCCACUCCCAGUGGUCUAUGCGCCACCUUUGAGAAGUACAAAAAGAAGGAACCAUAUCCAAUACCACAGCCCAGUGUCACGGGGCACGGUGUCAUUGGAACCGUCCGACAGCGUUCAUGAAGCGCGAAAGAAUAUUGCUGUCACCAGGCAGACCACUGGACCAUUUGGGGAGGAAACCCUCUUGCACGGGAGCUAUGCUGUCACCACCAUUUUCCACGGACGAGAGACAUACAGGCGCGCUGAAGUGGAAACUUGCCUCCAUAGCAACUCCCACGGUAUUUGCCUUGUUACUCCUCGCUGCUAUCACCGUCGCCAUGUCUCGAUCCUCUAGUCGCAAGAAAAGAGAAUACCACCUCUGCGACACGAAAGGAUGUAAGGAAUUUGCUAGGAUGCUUACGAACAGCCUGAGCACGAAACAGAACCCGUGCAAUAACUUUUACAAGUACGUUUGCGACGGCUGGCUUCGAGAACAGUCCGAGUCCGUUUAUGAGCGGCACAUCAAUUACUUCCUCGACCUUUUGGCAUACACACUUUCCAUCUCCGUUCCACAGCGUGGGCAGACUGCAGGUGAUAAAGCAGCUCGGUUCUUCCAGACCUGCAGAAAGGUGUCCACAUCACCGAGGGGAGAAUUGAUAGAGUUUCGGAAGAUCCUGGAAGGGUGCAGCGUUUACUGGCCGAAGGUAGUAGACGAGGCAGACGUUCUCAAAUCUUUGGUGUGUCUCACCAAACGACUAAUGCUGGAAAAUUUACUUACGAUUAGGAAGAUCUUUCAGGACGGAAGCCCAGCCAUAUAUAUAUCUUCAGGGCAAGCUUUGACAACUUUCUACAAGAGGUCGACAGUCAUUCAGUCACUUAAGAAAUAUCGACAGUACUACGAAAGUUUACAGAACGCUGCACGAGCUCCGGGAACGGAAGACAAGCAUCUCCUAGACUACACUCAGUUUGUUUCUUAUGAAUCCAGGAUAUUCCAGAGCCUAAUGACCUUCGCUACACACGCCAACACAGAGGUUCGAACAGAUGUUGCGACUCUAGCGAAAUUAACCCCGGAAAUUUCAAGCGGUCGUUGGUCCUCUCUGUUUAAACUCGAACUCGAUGUUAGUGAAAAUACGACCGUCAUAAUGAAUGAAGAAGACUCCAACUACAUGCGAGCCUUCAGCAAUCUCACUACGACCGUCGGUGAGGAGUAUCUUCAUCACGAGGUGGGAUGGAUCGCAUUUCAAGUAUUAUCGCCCUUUAUAAGUAAAGACCUCCUAGAAAUCUACUCCGGCGUAAGACAUACCGACUCUUUGACCCCAGAUCUUGAUUUGCAAAGCACGACGAAUUGUCUUACUCUUACUGAGUACUUCAUGGGAUGGGCGACGUAUACAAAACUGCUGGGACGCGAAGAUGCACGCACAAUAUGGCAGGACAUCAACCACAUAGUGGACGACGUUGGCGCCGCUACAUUUAGGAGAAUCAACAGCAGCGAUAUGGCGAAUGGCUACACUUACGAAGGAUCUGAGCUGUGGAAAUUAUUGAACCGCAUGCUAAGGAGCGAAGUGUUAUUCGCGAGACCACUGCUUUUGGAAAAUACGUUGUCGGACCUCAAAUACAUGGGACCUGUACUCUCGGAAAAUUGGCUCAGAGUCGUCAAUGCCUCUGCAUGGAUGAACAAUGCAACAAUAGCUGAUAUAGUGCGUACAAGCUUUAUUUCCCACAUCGUUUGGAACGACCAGCUGACGUAUGAUUUCUAUAAUGUUCAGCGCGGUGAAUACCUGUUCCCGCCGUACGCGUUGGUUCUGCCUUUAUACGCGCACAGCGUGACGCAGGCCGUGAAAUACGCAGCCCUCGGAUCGAUCGUUGGUGCGGCAGCUCUUCACUUGGCGAACUAUUCUUCUCUGAACAGGGACGCCGUGUCUUGUGUAAACGGAACGCUAAAGGGUGAGCAAGACGAAUGGCAUCUGUGGACAAUUGCAGCUUCAGUGCGCGUCGCUUGGGACGCGUUUCACGCAGCUAAUGAACGACGCCGGGACUCCAGGCUUGAAGGCUUGUCACAGUACAGCCCGGAGGAAAUAUUUUUCAUGUCCACGUGCUAUAUCCAUUGUGGCCAGCCUGAACAACCCGGAUCGGACAGCAGAUGCAAUGAGCCUUUAAAGCACAACCCAGACUUCUCCAAAGUGUUUGACUGUCGUGUAGGAAGCCUCAUGAACCCUGCGAAAAAGUGCCCGUUGUUCCUGGACGAAUAGCAUGUCCGACACAACAAUAGUUUGCAAUCUGUUUUCAGCUAAAAAAUUGUUCAAGCUGCUCAUCACUGGAAUACACUGAUUUCGUUAACUGAUGCUGGUGUUUCUGGUUGUCUGACAUGCUCCCUUAUCGUGAAUAGAACUUCGCAACGAAAAUACGCUCGAAGAAAC